AUGGAGAAAGCGAAGCAUCGGAAGAUUAGGGGUCCUCUCAUACCCUCCAGCUUGUUGGACCCUGUUUCCCAGCGGACAUUUUGCACUGCCAUAUUUGGGCUGUUGCAGGCCUGGAAGAUCUAUGAUUUGAUCCUAAUCAAGUCAGGCUUUGCUUUUGAAGCGAGCAAUUGGUGGAUUGGGUUUGCUAAGCCAGAGACCAGUUUUAUGGUGAAAUAUCUGGUGCUAGAUGGGUUGUUUUUGUGGAUACUACCCUUGUUGAGAAUACCGAGACUUAACUACACUGCACUCGCUACUGCGUUACAGAUCGCAGUUAUUUCGUUGAUCACCAUCGUAUCGACAUCGGAUUGGAUCUCGCCUGUGAUAGCAGUACUUGCUGGAUUUCAAGGGGCUUUCCAUCAUGACAAGGAGCUCAGUUUCACGAACGAACCUGUUGGAAAAGGCGGAGAUGUUUGGGAUCAGACGUCCCAUUUUAGAGGAAGAAAAACGAUCCGCAUUCUUCCAGAUUCUACAGCAAAAUUGAACCCGUUCAAUAGUAAUUGGUGCCUACAAAAUGGAUACAACAGCCACGUGAAGGUUCCAGUCAAGUUUAACUCCACGUCAACGGUGGAUCACAUAGAGCUGGAGUACACGAGUUUUGACAACGAGUUCAAAGUUUUGAACUUCACGUCGAAACAGAUCUCCAAACUGUUGAGAGGCGAUUACGAGGAUUUACAGAAACAGGAAGGUCUGCUUCAUGAAGGUAUACCAGAUGACAGAAUAUCCUUUAUUGAACUGCCUAUCAGCCAACCUGGCUACUAUAGACUCGGAAAAGUGUUUGACUCAAAGCAGAAGACGAUUAAGACCUACAAAAGCGAUCUUUUUGUUCCAAUAUGCCCAUCGGCGAGGUUUAGCGGAAUAGAUGAAAAUAAGGACCAUUGUGUUGGUGAAAACAUCGACAAUCUCUCAAUAUCUGUGUUUGGUGUCCCUCCUUUCACGUUGGUUUACAACGAAGAGGUGAACGGAGAACUAACAAAGUUGCCACACUCGGUUGCACAGCCCGAAGAUUUCAGUUCUCCUCUUUUAAAGAAGGAUUAUUAUACCGGCCUCAGUGCAAACCAACCAAAAGUGUUUGCCAGAGAGGACCUAAAGGAUAUUUCUUGGGCCGACACUACGUCCAUUGUCGUUCCACUGGUGAGCUCCAGACUGGAUAAGCCCGGAGAAUUUAUCUAUACGAUCAACAGAGUGAUUGAUGGAUUUGGAAAUUCUGUGGAUUACGUUCCAGAUGAGCUUUCUACUGACAUAUUCUACAAGUUUAACGUCCACCCCGUGCCUGUUGCAAGUCUUCUGGAUGACAACUUGCCAGUGAUCUCUGGGAAAACAAAAUAUCUUGAACUCAAGUUGUCACAGGUGCCCUGUCCUUCAUGUGAAGGUCCAUACCUGGCAAACGUCUCUGUUACUAGUCCCGAUGGCAGCACCAAAACCUGGACCAAGAAGUUCGACUACAAAAGGCCUGCUUUGGUUCCGGUCACUGAGGGUGGAGUUUACACUCUGCAGAGUAUGAACAGCAAAUACUGUCCCGUCAAAAUAGGAGCUGCGUCGCUGAACGUGUUGGAGGCCAAACAGCCAAAGGUGAGCAUCAAGGCUGAACCAGUUGUGGAUAAGUGUGUGGGGACCAUGGGCUACCACUUCGGCUUUGAGUUUGCUGGAAGUGCUCCUUUUGACAUUGCAUACAAGAUCACUGGUCUCGAUUCCAAGAAUAGUCAUCACCGUUUAGUAAGAACCUUGACGUCUGAAUCUGCAGUCUUUACCUAUGAGUAUAGGCCUCCUUCGGAAGGUUCGUUUGCUGUUGAGUUUUUGUCUUUGAAGGACAAAUACUACAGAGAUGCCAUCAAGUUCAAUGCCGGUGAGCACAGAUACGAGACUUUCUUCAAGCAGCGUCCCAGGGCUUUCUUCACGAAGCACGAAUUAGCUUUGUGCAAUGGAGCAUCGGCCUCAGUUCCCGUCUCACUUCAAGGGAAAGCGCCUUUCGGCAUCCGCUAUGAGAUUCUAGCACCAGACCUCUCAAUAAGCUCGUUUGAAGUGCACGAUAUCAAUACCCCUGAUUAUGUGAUUGAAACUCCAAACUUCAUCCUGGGAGGUGAUUACACGGUAUCCAUUCGUGAUGCCAAUGAUAGUUCUGAUUGCGAUGUUGAUUUCAAUGGCCAGGACGUGGUGCUGAAGGUGAAAAGCUUUGUACCAACUCUCAAAUUCAGCGAUGGUUCAAAGGCCAUCACUCUCACUCAAGGCAACACCGCCAGAAUUCCUCUUUCAUUCACAUCUUCGAACCUGCUGGAUGUUGUGUACAAACAGGCUGAUCUUUCUAGAGAAAACGAGAAGCUCAAGACCAUUAAAAGAUUCAGUCCAGCUGAUGGGUUCCCGCUGGAAGAGUCUGGAAUAUACUCUUUGGUGGAGUUCACCGAAGGAGACUGCAAGGGAAAGGUGUUGGACGAAGCUGAGAUUGUGGUUGAAUAUGAACCAAAGCCCUAUGCAUCUGUCAAAACCUCUCCAAGUAUGGAAAAAAGUGGAAAGAACUCCUACCAGGUGACGUCUCUUUGUGAAGCAUGUUCAGGCAGCUUUGAUAUUCUGCUGAAUGGCAAGCCUCCUUUCAUCGUGGAACAUUCGGUCAUUUCUCCAUCUGGUCAGAUUGAGACUAAGACCGAGCAGGUCUUCAAGUACCACUUGACAAUCCAGCUGAAGACAGGUGAGAGCGGAGUCUACAAAUACGUCAUUGGUAGCAUUGCGGAUUCAGUCUACAGUCCUGAUACUCUAAAGAAGCUUUCGACAAAGAGAGUUUUCCAAUCAGAAAGCAUUGAGAUACUCAACACUGUAUCGCCCUCCCCCCGUGCUGCUUUCUCUAAGAAGGAAUCUAGUCUGAGGUCAAGCACACAAAACUCUCAAUUUGCAAAAUCGCACGCUCCUGUCUACAAGGCGUGUUUGGGAAGCUUGAAAAACCAAGACGUUCUUGAACCUAUCCCGAUCACACUGAGCGGAAAACCGCCUUUCAAUAUCAAGGUUUCUGUGGAUCACGAGGCUACUGGCACUUCUGAAAUACUGGAGUUUAGCAAGCUUGAGUCCACUUUUGUACAGAACUAUGCUGUGUACGAGAAUCUGAAGAUCGGAACCAACGUACUGAGAUUGGUUGAGGUAAGCGAUGCCAAUGGAUGUGUUCAGACCGAGUUUGGUGCCAGUGAUGAGGUUGUCAUCGCAGUUAAUGAUGUGCCCAAAAUCAGGAAUAUCAUUGAAGAUAGUAUUGCCGAGGACCAGGCUUCCGCAGGUGGAUUUCCACAUUACUGUGUUGGCGAUCACGUCACCUAUCUACUCUCUGGAAUUCCACCGUUCACCGUAUACUACCAGUUCAACGAGGUAAGGCAGAAGGUGGAGCUUGAGUCGAACUUCUUCAAGAGACGUGCAGCCCAGCCAGGUGAUCUAACUAUUCUUGCUGUUGGCGAUUCAUCUGCCAACUGCCUGGUGAAUUUCACUCUUCCAGAGAGCGAUCCCUUGGUGUUGACUUCCAGACCAGAUCUUCGUGCCCGGAUCUACGACAUCCCUAGUGUGGAAAUUUCCCAUGGCGAUUACAUAGAAGAGGACAUCCACGAGGGCGAAGUGGUGGAAAUCGUUUUUACGUUCACCGGCCAUCCACCAUUCACCUUGACCUAUACCAGAACAGAGCCAAUAUCCAAACAUCACGGUGGAGACUCGACCAAGGUUGUGGAGACCGAAGUCGUUGAGAAUAUCUACGACUACGAGUACCGUAUCUGGACGAGACUAGAAGGCACUUACGAAGCGAUUGAAUUGCAAGAUUCCUACUGUAUUGCAAGAAACCACAAGAUCUAG